AUGCUCCAACCAAAGCGCACAAAGUACAGGAAGCAAUUCCGGGGCCGGAUGCGAGGCGCAGCGAUCGCCGGUAGCACCGUGAACUCCGGCGAGGUAGGACUCAAGGCCAUGGAGCCCGCUUGGAUUACGGCUCGCCAGAUUGAAUCUGCCCGUGUCGCCAUAACCCGUCAUCUCAAGCGCGGCGGGCAAGUAUGGGUUCGCGUGUUCCCUGACAAGUCUGUUACCAAGAAGCCAGCCGAGACCCGCAUGGGCGGCGGCAAAGCAGGCGUGGAUUUCUGGGUCGCUGUCGUCAAACCAGGCCGCAUCAUGUUUGAGGUGUCCGGCGUACCCCACAACGAGGCCGUCGAUGCCCUGCGCCUGGCUUCUCAGAAGCUGCCGAUCGCCACGAAGGUCGUGUUCCGCGAUCGCUUGGCCACGGCCGUGAGCAACGCGGCUGCUUAG